UGGGCCUGAGAUCGGAGUGUUUCUCGGCGAGUUAGGUUAGGAAGCACAUGGUAAACAUGCUGUCCGGCGCGACCCCGGUUACACACGUUCUUGUGCUUGUGCCUCGUCGAUCCGAUGAAAUUUCAUUUCAACGCGCGUGACUUUAGACUUAAUAACGCGACAUUCGACAUAUUCCCGCGUUUCAGAGAUUAUAUUACGUUACGAUUAUAUUUAACGUUACUUAAUGCGAGGAGAUGAGUUCUCUAGCCAGCGGACUAUUUGAGGCUCGUCGCGACGUGACGUGACGCAAGCCUACAUUUUCGAGGGUUGGAAAUUGUAAAAAACUGUAAAACCAAAAAAAAGAAGGAAAAAAUGUACUCCGCCGAUUUGACGAAGACGUCGAUUCCACCGGCGAUCGCCGGUAAGGUGAUGCUGAGCGACGCCGAGCUCGACAAGAUCGCCCUGUUCCUCAUUAAUAAUCAGCAACGCUACAGAGAAAACAUAAUAAUCCCCAGGAUGUUGGGACCCGUGCAGAUAAAGACGAUCGAGGAGAAGAGAAUAGAGAGGGUGAUGGAAAGCUGUACGUUCAAGAGCAUCAUGAGUUGUGUUCUCGGAUACGGUUUGGGAGCGGCCUUCGGACUGUUCACCUCCAGCGUGAAUCCCAACGUGGCGAGCGUCGAGAAGCAACAGAGCGCGCGAGAGAUACUAAGGGAGAUGAAAGCCACGACCCUCAGCUACGCGAAGAACUUCGCCGUACUCGGAUGCAUCUUUUCCGCCGUCGAGUGCACGAUAGAAUCGUACAGGGGUAAAACGGACUGGAAGAACAGCGCGUACGCGGGCGGUGUGACGGGCGGACUAAUCGGCUUAAGAGCCGGUGUAAAAGGGGGCAUAGUCGGUGCUGCGGGUUUUGCAGCAUUCUCAAUGGCGAUAGACUAUUACAUGCACAGACCUUAGACUGCGUAGCACAGAUUGUUAAAAGAUAUAUAUUUGUAUAAAAGAGAUAUAAAAAUUUUUCUAAUUACGCAUCUAUACAAUUCCUGUAUAAAAACAUGGAAAUGUUUGUUUUGUAGUGUAAAUAUCGUAAAAACUAGCUAGUGUCGUGUGACUGAAUUAAAAGCGUAAAAUAUA